ACGCACAACAAUAUUACCUGCAUUACUUAAAUGUUGGAAGUAGCUGCUGAGGUUUCCAUGUUGUCUGAUUUGUUGCUGGUUUACUCUGUCACAGCUGUUCAGCUGCGUUUCCUGUUGGUUUUACUGCAGUGUGUGGUUUUAGAGAGAUUAUAUCGCCCCCUCCUGGCUCAAAAGGAAAAGUAUACAGUGAGCCUGAUUCUGGUUCUGUAGAGAAAUAAAAAGGAAAGCAGGCGAGCUAGACAGUAUAGUCUGUGUGAGCUUUACAGUUACAGAUUCAUGUGUUUUCAAAAGAGGACACCAGGAAUUCUGCCAUUCCUCAUAAUUUCUCUGGGUUUUUAACCAUGUCUCAUUAUCUUUGUGUGUUGACCCAUAAAUGUGCUGCUGUAGCAGCUGACUGUGAUGACAGUGGAGACUUUGCAGGAGAGGCUUAGUCCAUUAAAUCCAGUAGGUGCAGCGUGACGGCACUGGCAGAAGACGAGCAGAGACGCAGGCGCUGAGGAACGACGAGGAGUUGCCCCUGAAGCAGCCGGACCCUCAAAAGCUUUCAAGAUGACGUCCGUCCUGCAGAAGCUCAUCACGCCGCUGUGCAGCGGCCCCCCCGAGCCCCCCAGGAACAAGGUGACGGUGGUGGGCGUGGGCCAGGUCGGCAUGGCCUGCGCCGUCAGCGUCCUCCUCCGGGAGCUGGCUGACGAGCUCGCCUUGGUGGACGUGAUCGAGGACAAGCUGAAGGGAGAGAUGAUGGACCUGCAGCACGGCAGCCUCUUCCUCAAAACUCCCACAAUAGUUGCAGACAAAGAUUACUCUGUGACAGCGAACUCCCGCAUCGUUGUGGUCACAGCUGGAGUCCGUCAGCAGGAGGGCGAGAGUCGGCUGAACCUGGUCCAGAGGAACGUCAACAUCUUCAAGCACAUCAUCCCCCAGGUCGUCAAAUACAGCCCCGACUGCAUCAUCAUCGUUGUUUCCAACCCAGUGGAUGUUCUGACCUACGUCACCUGGAAGCUGAGCGGCCUUCCUCAGCACCGCGUCAUCGGGAGCGGCACCAACUUGGACUCUGCGCGCUUCCGCUUCCUCAUCGCCGAUAAACUGGGAAUUCACCCCAGCAGCUUCAACGGGUGGAUCCUGGGAGAACACGGCGACACCAGCGUGCCUGUGUGGAGCGGAACAAACGUAGCUGGAGUCAACCUGCAGACGCUGAACCCGAACAUCGGCACCGACUGUGACGAGGAGAACUGGAAGGAGACUCACAAGAUGGUGGUGGACAGUGCCUACGAGGUGAUCAGACUGAAGGGUUACACCAACUGGGCCAUCGGUCUGAGCGUCGCGGACCUCACGGAGAGCCUCAUGAGGAACCUGAACAGGAUUCAUCCUGUGUCCACCAUGGUGAAGGGCAUGUAUGGGAUCAGUGGCGAGGUGUAUCUGAGUCUGCCCUGCGUGCUGAACAGCGGGGGGGUGGCCAGCGUGGUCAACAUGACCCUGACGGACGAGGAGGUGGCCCAGCUGCAGGCCAGUGCCGACACGCUGUGGGACAUCCAGAAGGACCUGCAGGACGUCUGAGGCGUCAUAUCGGCACCUUCCACUCAGAGCAGACAGCUCCACCUACUGCACCUUCAGCCACCGCCCUCUCUAGAUUCACAAGUAUGGGAGUGUAAACCCCAAAGAUUAAGCUGUCAGUGUCAGAGUUUGUUCACUUUUGCUCACUGGACACCAAAUACAUCCUCUGCUGUGUUUGUGAGGUUGAAGUCUGACGCUUAUGUUGUUUUAAAGUCAAAUAAAGCAGUUGUUUUGGUUCCCAAA